GCCCCAUGCAGUCCCGGCUUCUGCUCCUCGGGGCGCCCGGCGGCCACGGCGGCCCGGCCGCGCGGCGCAUGCGGCUGCUCCUGCGGCAGGUGGUGCGGGGCAGGCCCGGCGGAGACGGGUGCGGGUCGGAGGUCAGACUGCUGCAUGCCGGGGCGGGGGCCGACACAGGUGAUACAGUUAAUAUUGGAGAUGUAUCCUACAAGUUGAAAACUCCUAAGAGCCCAGAACUUGUGCCACAGAAUUACAUUUCAGACUCUCUGGCUCAAUCUGUAAUUCAGCAUCUAAGAUGGAUGAUGCAGAAGGAUCUUUUGGGGCAAGAUGUCUUUCUCAUAGGACCUCCUGGGCCUCUUCGACGCUCUAUUGCUAUGCAGUACCUGGAGCUGACCAAACGGGAAGUUGAAUACAUUGCCCUAUCAAGGGACACCACUGAAACUGAUCUCAAACAGCGACGAGAGAUCCGCGCAGGCACGGCUUUUUACAUUGAUCAGUGUGCGGUUCGUGCAGCCACAGAAGGCAGAACUCUUGUUUUGGAAGGCUUGGAAAAGGCGGAGAGGAAUGUUCUGCCUGUUUUGAACAACUUGCUGGAAAAUAGGGAGAUGCAGCUUGAAGAUGGACGCUUCCUAAUGUCUGCAGAGCGUUACGACAAACUUCUCCAAGAUCAUACCAAAACAGAGUGGAUGCCUGGAAGCUUGUUCGAGUUAGUGAAAACUUCCGAGUCAUUGCCUUGGGUUUGCCAGUGCCUAAGUACUCUGGGAAUCCCUUAGACCCCACGCUCCGUUCUCGAUUUCAGGCACAGAGAUAUUUAUUAUCUACCCUUUAAGGACCAACUUAAACUGUUAUAUUCAGUUGGAGCCAAUGUUUCUGCUGAGAA